AAAGCUAAUGAAACAGAAAUCUACAAACCUAAGCACGAAAUGGCUAUGAAUGGAUCUGAAUUUAGCAAUAAGUCUCUUGAAGUUCAUUCAGAUGACGGCAAGUUUGUGUUACAAGUUUUCUCAAAGAGGGAUGGCUACGCAGAGGGCUUAUUAGCAAUUCCAAUACAACAAAUGAAUGGAACAAACAAAGUUAAUAAGACUGUGUACGAAUUUGUCGUCGCUACAUUUUGUGCGGUCGGUGGGUACUGUCAGAUUGCUAUAGCUGCUGUAGAAAACAACACAGAAGUUUUUGUCGACAUUCCAGAAAAAGUAGAAGAAAUAGCACUUUGUAAUAAAUCUUCGUUUUUUCGCUCACAUAGGGACAAAGCCUUUACGAUGAACAAAUUUGAUGCCUUACAGCUUGAAACAACAUACGAUCUGACCGGAACAGUUAUUUUUAGUUUUAAGCCUAUUGCUGUAUUUGUUGGAUCAAGAAAUGUAACUAAUGGCGGUAUUGUUGCUCAUACAAUGGAACAACUUGUGCCUUCUUCACACUGGGGAACGGAGUUUGUAGUCCAGACCUUAGGCUCUAAUGGAUAUGGUGAUAUUUUGAAGAUAGUGAGUCACUAUACAAGCACGGUGGUAACCAUGAGUGGCUUCCCGUCCUUCAACAUGACAGAGAGAUAUCAGACCGUGACACGACGGCUUAGCAAUGGGACGAGAAGUCACAUACAGGCUUCGCACCCAAUACAGGUAAUUCAGAUAUCUGGACUAACAUACGCCGCAAAAGACGAAAUAUCAAUGCUUAGUAUGACUGUAGUUCCAUCAGUUCAAAAUUCCUGGCACUCCUUUCAGGUUGCUUGUCCGGAUAGUUACUCAACUACGCAAUUUCAAAUUGUUUCAGGUAAAACAAGCAACACCUAUGUUUACCUAUUUUGA